AUGUCCGCUUCCUUCAGAUCCAUCGCCCUCUUGAGGACGGCGCGCUCGUCGCUCCGAGCCGGCCACGCCACCAACCCUCUCCAGUUCGCUGUCAAGAGGCAGAAUGUUGUGGGCAUGAUGAACUUCGCCCGAGGCUAUGCUGAGUUCAAGCGUGACAAGCCUCACGUCAACAUUGGUACCAUUGGUCACGUCGAUCACGGAAAGACGACUCUCUCUGCCGCCAUCACCAAGAGGCAAGCCGACAAGGGCUUCGCCAACUUCCUCGACUAUGGCUCCAUUGACAGGGCUCCCGAGGAGAGGAAGCGUGGUAUCACCAUCUCCACCUCCCACAUCGAGUACGCCACCGAAAACAGGCACUACUCCCACGUCGACUGCCCCGGUCACGCCGAUUACAUCAAGAACAUGAUCACCGGUGCCGCCAACAUGGACGGCGCUAUCAUCGUCGUCGCCGCCUCCGACGGCCAGAUGCCCCAGACCCGCGAGCAUCUCCUCCUCGCGCGCCAGGUUGGCGUCCAGAAGAUUGUCGUCUUCGUCAACAAGGUCGACACCAUCGACGACCCCGAGAUGUUGGAGCUCGUCGAGAUGGAGAUGCGCGAGCUUCUCAACCAGUACGACUUCGAGGGUGACGAGACCCCCGUUAUCAUGGGUUCUGCCCUCUGCGCCCUCGAGAACAAGAACCCCGAGAUUGGCACCCAGAAGAUCGAUGAGCUCCUCCAGGCCGUUGAUGAGUGGAUCCCUACCCCCGAGCGUGACCUCGACAAGCCCUUCCUCAUGUCCGUUGAGGACGUCUUCUCCAUCUCCGGUCGUGGUACCGUCGUUUCUGGCCGUGUUGAGCGCGGUCUCCUCAAGCGCGAUGCCGAGGUCGAGCUCGUCGGCAAGGGUACUGAGGUCAUCAAGACCAAGGUCACCGAUAUCGAGACCUUCAAGAAGUCGUGCGAGGAGUCCCGCGCUGGUGACAACUCCGGUCUCCUCCUCCGUGGUGUCCGCCGCGAGGACAUCAAGCGUGGUAUGAUCGUCACCAUCCCCGGCGAGGUCAAGGCCCACAAGAAGUUCCUCUGCUCGCUCUACGUCCUCAGCAAGGACGAGGGUGGUCGUCACACCGGCUUCGGCGAGAACUACAGGCCCCAGAUCUACCUCCGUACCGCUGACGAGUCCGUCACCCUCACCUUCCCCGAGGGCACCGAGGACGCCAGCCACAAGAUGGUCAUGCCCGGUGAUAACAUCGAGAUGGUUGCCGAGCUUCACCUUCCCAACGCCCUUGAGGUCGGUCAGCGCUUCAACAUCCGUGAGGGUGGUCGCACUGUCGCCACUGGUCUCGUCACCCGUGUCAUUGAGUAA